AUGCAGCACACCAAGCAGCCAGAAACAUCCUCCUGGGGCUUGAGUCUCAAACACUUGAAGCAAAAAUGGUCGGGAUCAAACAAACAUAAAUGUAAAACACAAGAUACACAAGAUGACACCAAGAAAUAUUCAAAAGAAUCACUUUCAAAUUCUGUUUCUGAUUGUUCAGACAAGGAGAACAGGGAUCCAGAUCAGCCAGAAUAUGAUGAUACCAGGAGGCUUAAGGAUGAGAAAAGCUUUUUCUCACUUAGAAGUGCAACCAACAAAACCAAAUCCAACAUUAGGAUUGGUGAAAACACCUUUCAAAAACCGGAAGAAUCACAACAAAAGGAAUCGCAGGCAAGCUUUCCAAACAAAAAUACAAUUAGGGAUAGUAAUGAAAAUGACGGCGAUGAAGAAGUUGACACAACUGACGUUGAAACUCAAGAUUCAACUUCAGAUAUUAUUGAAUCAUCAACGAUUUCCCAGAUGCACACCUGGUUUGUGGGGGAUUUGGACAAGUCAGUCACUGAAACUAUGCUUUUCAAGGUGUUUUCCAAGUAUCCAGGGUUGAUGUCUCUCAAAAUUCCUAAAGAUGUAGUAUCUGGUGACUCUCUUUGUUAUGCCUAUGUCAAUUAUGAUUCGAUUGAGCACGCAGAUGCCGCAAGAGAUGUGCUCAACUAUACAACUGUCUGUGGCUCAGAAAUCAGAAUCAUGCCAUCAAUUCAGGAUAAAAGCAAAAGAGAGAGUAUGGGUGGAAAUGUCUUUCUUUCCCACUUGCCAGAAAACUUAACCACCCGGUAUUUAUACGAAGAAUUCAAGAAGUAUGGAUUCAUCAUGUCUUGCAAGUACAUUUCCCAAAAGGGGCAGUGCUUUAUUUUGUACAAGGACAAAAUAGAUGCCAUCAAGAUGAUCAAACAGGUUAACAACACCGAGAUCAAAGGCCACACUAUUUAUGCCGGGUUGCACAUUAACAAGAAGGAACGCAAUAAAAUAAAAAGUGAAGCUCCCCUUUUACUCUCGAGGCCCCACACCGGGAAAGCAGUAUUCAAUACCCCUGUUGACACAGAAAUAAAUCCAAACCAAGCACCAAUUGAGCCAAACUUCACAAAAGUGGAUAACAACCCACCUCCAAAUACAGAGUUCAGCAUUUUCAUCAAAAACCUCCCCUUGAACAUCGAAGAUCACGUGAUAACAGGCUUGGUUGAACAGUACGGGAAGGUGCAGUCAGUUUUGUCGAGAAAAGUUCCAAUGAGAAAUGGAACAUGGGCAUUAGUGACAUUGACAAAUCAGGAGUCAGUGAAUAAAUCGAUUGCCGGAUUAAAUGCCUUUGAUAUUGAGGGCCAGAAGAUAUUCGUCACUAGAGCCAUUCCUAGAGAGCAAAAGAGCUAUGCCCGGAUGCAGGCCAAAUAUCCACAAAAGAGGUUCAAGAUUCUAAUAAGUGGCUUUGCAGAGCCGAUGGACAAGUCGGAGUUUGAGAAAGUGUGCAACCAGUUUGAGGGUGUGAGCUCUGUUGAGUUGUAUAAAAGAAACAACGAACUGAAGAAUUCUCCAGUUGACAAUAUGGCGGAUGAAAAAGGCUCUGCUCAAAAGUUGGAUUGCAGGCAUGACACGUUUGAUUAUGGAUACGUGACAAUUACCAGAGAAGCCAACGGCGAUGAGUUGAUUACGCGGUUGAAGAAAAUGUUUAAAUGCUCAUGCUAUAAAGUGGGAAUAGAGAUACCCAACAAGAGUUGCAGCUACGAGACACCAAGAUUUGACUAUUCUACACCAUCUGCAGUUUCUAUCUUUACUGGAGCUCCAGCCGCCAGUAUAGAGACCAGAAAUAUGAAUGGUAACUCUCCUCAAAUGGCACUUUCGUACUUGAAUCCAACAAAAAUGUACAGGCUUUCCAGCUUUGGGCAGAUGGUGGAGAACGAUAGGCAGACGGUUAAGCGGGCAGAGGAAAAGAAAGCAGUUCAAGAGGCCAAAAAGAUACAUUUCCGUGAAACAGAAAGGAUGGCAGAUGCCAUUAUCUGGGAAUUGGUGGUGAGAUUGUUUGAAGAAGAAUUGAAAAACAGAACCAAGGCGUACGUUGCCGAAAUGGUGGAAAUUAUGGUGGACUACAUGGUGCAGGUUUUCUGGAAAAACCGGUUCUGGAACUUUUGGAAGUUCCUGGAGGCCAAUCAGAUGGAUGAUAAUGGAAAAGUGUUGCUUAAGGUCCACCCAUUGCUAAAGUACCAACUAGUUGAAAGUGGGAUUGCUUUUGGGGUCAUAAGACCGGAAAAGAGAUACAAGCUCAUGGAGAAAUAG